ACACUAGCUCUUGAAACAUGUGGUGUUAUGACAUGGAAAUAGCCAUCUCCAAGUGCAAGUAUUGUGAAUAGUAUAUUAUGCCUAUCUUAUCAGUAUAAUACUGUGGAGCAUAUCGUGGCUAAAUGUGAACCUUAUUUUAACUAUUAAGCAUUGUGAAUGUCGACCAUACCUGUUAUAUUUUAUCUUUAACUUGCUAAGUUGACAGUGUGACCUUGAACGAAUCAUGCAAGUCGACACGCUUAUUGUACACGGGAGAGUUAUUGAUCCUCUUAAUGACGUAGACAAAACAUUAGAUGUGGCAAUAAAGGAUGGAAAAGUGUUUAAGGUUGGGGAAAACCUAAACGUGGCGGCAACGGAAACAUUUGAUGCUACGGGUUGUCUUGUGACUCCUGGCCUGAUUGACGCGCACGUGCAUUGCUAUGAAUAUGCCACGCCUAUCAGUUUGAACGCGGACAAGCGAUGUUUGUCCCGAGGGGUGACGACGGUCAUAGAUGCGGGUAGCUCGGGCGCGUCGACGUUUAUGGGACUACGUAAGUACGUGAUGGAGCGGUCAAAGACACGCGUCAAGUGCCUACUGCACAUCGCGAUGCAUGGGUUGGCGUCCGCGGGCCUCUCUGCGGGAGCGGGUGGUGGAGAAUCCGACACCCUUGCCAUUUUGGACGAAGACUCCUGCGUGAAAUGUAUCCAGGACAAUCGUGACGUCAUUGUUGGCGUCAAAGUAAGACUGUCCACAGACGUCUGUGCCAUGGGGAAGACAGAAUAUGAGGCAUAUCGUCGAGCAUUGAAUGCAGCAGAGCGAUGUUCGGUGCCACUUAUGACGCAUCAUUCCAUGUCCACUAUACCAACACAGAGGGCUCUAGAUCCUUCAGCGAAACUGUGUUGCCCUGGAGAUCUGAGGCCAGGGGAUAUAUACACGCAUACAUACGUUGGUUAUCCAAGCACAAUCGUUGACGCGGAAACACGUGACGUAUACAGUGACGUUAUGGAUGCAAAAUCACGUGGUGUUCUAUUUGACGUAGGCCAUGGCGCUGGCGGCUUUAACUGGACCGUUGCGGAAAUCGCUUGCAAACAAAACCUCUACCCAGACCUACUAGGAACAGAUCUGCAUGUGUUUAGCCAAGAUGGUCCUGCAUACGAUCUACCUUCUGUAAUGACAAAGUUUCUGCAUAUUGGAAUGCCGCUUUAUGACGUCGUUAAGUCUGUGACGUCUGCUCCGGCUUUAGCAUAUGGAAUCACUGGCGAAACAGGAUCGCUUACUACUGGCAUCGCUGGUGACGUAACCAUUUUGAAAAUAGAUGAUUGCGACUUCAUGCUGGAAGACUCUGUUGGUCAGUUACGAAAUAUACGUCGGAUAAUUCGACACUUGGCAGUUUGGAGAGAAGGGGAGAGAAUUCCUGUCACUUUUCCCAAACACUUACCCUCUGAAGAGUCACAACAACGAUCUUUAAAGAAUCUUAAAGACCAAGAAGUUAAAGACUAGCAAGUAUAUGCCAUACGCCCAUUGAAGUAUUAGUUAAUGGAUACGGACUACCUAAGAGUUACCAUUCCCGUAUGGUGUAGCAGCCAGUGCUUUCAUUAUAGAACCAUGUAACCACUUUUAGAAAUAGAUUACGAUAAACUAGUAUGAAAUAAAGGUUCAC